AUGUCUCACUACAAGGAUGAAUCUCAAGUUGACGUGCUGAUUAUUGGCGCUGGGCCAGCGGGAUCGUUUCUCGCCUUCGCGCUCGGUCGUGCUGGUAUAAGCACUCGUAUUGUUGAUAAAAGAGAAGUAAGAAUCCCUGCUGGACAUGCUGAUGGUAUUCAGCCACGUAUCAUAGAGGUCUUCCAGAGUUAUGGAAUUGCGAACCGUUUUUUGGAACUAGCAGAGCUAGUAUACGCAGAUGCAUUCUACAACUCGAGUCCGAACGGGGGUAUAAGACGGACAAAAUUAGAAUCCACUUCUUUAGAUUCUCGUUUUCCUUUUGAGGCAACGCUGAGUCAGGCUCAAAUUGAAGGUCUACUUAGAAGUGUUAUGGAUGAGCAUGGAGUACACGUGGAACAACCUAAGAUACCAAUAUCGCUUACUGUGUCAGAUGAUGAAACCGAAUUGCAAAGUACAGAUUCGCAUCCAGUCAGGGUAGUGCUCAAGCGACUGAUCCCUGAUAAAGAGGAUCAUCUAUCAGCUACUUCUCAGGCAUCUAAAGACGAUACUAUAGAGGUGGUGAAGGCCAAAUAUGUAGUGGGGGCUGAUGGUGCGCAUUCGUGGGUACGCAAAACACUUGGUAUCGAUAUGAUUGGAGAAUCUACAAAUUAUGUGUGGGGUGCUGUGGACUUUGUUCCUGAAACUGAUUUCCCUGACAUUCGACUAACCUGUGCAAUCCAUGCUCAAGAAGGCAGUUGUAUGUUGGUACCACGGGAGAAUGACAUGGUCAGAAUCUACGUACAAUUGGAGGAAUCAAAAAUGGAUAAGGCUGGUAGACUUGACCGAUCGCAAUUUGGCGCAGAAGAUAUUAUCAAGAUUGCCCAAAAGCUCUUCUACCCGUACAAAAUUACCAUGCCACAGAAACCUGAUUGGUGGACUGCUUAUAUAAUUGGUCAGCGUGUUGCAUCACAGUUCUCUGUGAGUAAUCGAGCAUUCAUCAUUGGCGAUGCCUGCCAUACACACUCUCCCAAAGCCGGCCAGGGCAUGAAUGCAUCGAUGAACGAUGCCCAUAACCUCGCGUGGAAACUGAUAUACACGUUGCGUCAAUGGGCUCCAUCAUCUUUGCUUAACACAUACGAGUUUGAGAGGCAUAAAUUCGCACAGGACUUAAUUGAUUUCGAUAAAGUAUUUGCUACGCUCUACUCAACCAAGCCACAACCGGGCGAUCACACCUAUUCUAAGUUUGUACAAACAUUUGUCGUUGAUUUCGGCAACUGGGCUAGUGGUUGUGGUAUACAAUAUGAAGCGUCAGCAAUCGUUGACGUCAAGACGUCUCGUCAAUCGCUUGCAAACAAAAUUAUAGUUGGCCAGCGUGUCCCACCUGGCGAGAUCUUGCGAACGGGUGACUUCCGACCAUACAAUGUCCAUGACGUGUUGCUUUCAGAUACAAGAUUCAAAAUAAUCAUAUUCUCCGGGGAUGUUAAUAACCCGAAACAAAAGGCGAAACUAGAUGCGAUAGCUGCGAGACUAGACCAACCAGAAGGAUUCCUCCAGCGAUACACCCCGUAUGGGGCACCCGAAGAUGCGGUGUUUGAUAUCGUGACCAUAAGGCAAGUGAUGUUGCACUCGUAUGCUAAUGUCUUCGCGAUUCCCUCCCGUCUCCGAUCCCAUUGGUCCAAGUAUGUUGCAUUGGCCUACUUUGACGGAGUAUCUAAUUGUGGUCGUUUUGGAGGAAAUUUCUACUCCGGUCAUGGUAUAUCUGAUGACGGAGCCAUCGUCGUCUGCCGACCUGACGGUUAUGUUGGCAUUGUGGUGGCUCUUGAUGAGUUGACUGCCGUUGAAGACUACUUUGCGAAGUUCCUAUCUUCGUCCUCGCAACCUCUUCAUUCUUGA